AUGCACAAGCCACUAAACCAGACACCCCUCCGUUUACAACGUAUGCUUUUGAGACUACAGAAGUAUGACAUCGAGUUAAAAUACAGACCCGGGAAAGAAUCGGUUCUUGCCGACACUCUAUCGAGAGCAUACAUUCAGAAAAGUGUGACUGACGACAACCUCAGUGAGGAAGUUGAGAGACAUGUUAUGUCGGUGUUGCGAAAUAUCCCAGUCUCGGAUGGGAAGUUGGAGGAAAUCAGACAAGAAACUCUGAAAGAUGAAACCCUCCAAGAAGUAGUCAGGAUUGUUGAGGAAGGAUGGCCAGACCACAGGUCCGAGACCCCAAGCAGAACUCAUGAUUUCUGGACCAACAAAACAGAGCUCACACAUGUACAUGGAAUCCUUUUCAAAGGGGACAGGAUUGUGAUUCCGAGAACUCUGCAGGCUGAGAUGCUGCAGAAAAUUCAUACGGGUCACAUGGGUAUAGAGAAAAGCAAGAAACGGGCGCGAGAACUCUUGUAUUGGCCUGGUAUGGGCAAUCAGAUAUCUGACAUGAUAUCAAAGUGUAGCACAUGUCUCGAUUACCAAAAUGCCAACGCCAAGGAACCCAUCUUGCCUACAGACAUUCCGAAAGGACCAUGGCGAGUGUUCCACAUGCUUUUUCCAGUAGACAUUGAUGGCAGUUUUGACGAGAUGUAA